GGGAGCGCACAAAUUGCCUAUCAGAUUACGUUCCCCAGCUAUGAUCCUUUACAACGCGCGUUCUAUUUUACGCCACUUAAAACGUAGGCCUAUAUUGUGAAUUAUUUUAUUCGAGCGAUGUUUAUUGGCAUGAUGCAAACUAUUUCGAUUAGGUUGUGAUUCAUUUGGAAUAAGACACGUCGAUGGAUAUAUUGAAAAGCGGUAUGACACUUGUGAUCGCUUCCUGGCUCAGUCUCAGCCCCAUUGGAGUUUCAUGCUAAAUUGUGCAACAGUGAGGGGAAGAACUUGAGAGGAGAGCACCAGACAGGACAACAGAUAAGAUAACAGAAGGUUGGACUGCUUCUCUGACCACCAACUGUGGGACUUCUAAGAGGCUUUAAGGUGAAGUGGUCUCUGUGUUUGGAGAGCUCAGCCAUAGUCCCAGGCAGUGAGUUAAGCCCUACAGGGUGAGGCCACCGCUACCAGCCUGCAGCUAUGGACCUUGAGGAGAGUGGUCCUCCUUCCUCCUCAGUGACCUCGCUGCUCCUCUCACCAUGCUGAACGAUGCUUCCUCUGUCAUCUACAUUGUGCUGGAACUGCUGAUCGCCAUACUAUCCGUGCUGGGCAAUGUGCUGGUCUGCUGGGCCGUCUGCCUCAACAGCAACCUGCAGAACAUCACCAACUUCUUUGUGGUGUCCCUGGCGGUGGCAGACAUUGCUGUGGGAGUGCUGGGUAUCCCCUUCGCCAUCGUCAUUAGCACUGGCUUCUGCUCCAACUUCUAUGGCUGCCUCUUCAUUGCUUGCUUUGUGCUGGUGCUCACCCAGAGCUCCAUCUUCAGCCUGCUGGCCAUCGCCAUAGACCGUUACAUCGCCAUCACGAUACCGCUCAGGUACAAUAGCCUGGUGACAGGCCAGCGUGCCAAGGGGAUCAUUGCUGUCUGCUGGGUGCUGUCCAUCAUCAUCGGCCUGACCCCGAUGUUGGGCUGGAACAAGUCCACUGAGCGCCCCAACAGCACCUGUUCCCCAGGCCUGAUGGAGUGUCUGUUUGAAGAGGUGGUUGUCAUGGACUACAUGGUCUACUUUAACUUCUUCGCCUGUGUGCUGAUGCCUCUGCUGCUCAUGCUGGUCAUCUACCUGCAGAUCUUCAUGGCAGCUCGGCAUCAGCUGAAGCUCAUAGAACUGAAGGCUGUCCACGGGGGGAAGUCCCACUCCACCCUGCAGAAGGAGGUCCAGGCGGCCAAGUCGCUGGCCAUCAUCGUGGGCCUGUUUGCCAUCUGCUGGCUGCCGCUGCACAUCAUCAACUGCUUCACCCUGUUCUGCCCUCAGUGUGCCCGCCCACCCCUCUGGAUAAUAUACGUGGCCAUCAUCCUGUCCCACGGCAACUCUGUGGUCAACCCCUUCAUCUAUGCAUACCGCAUCCGGGAGUUCCGUCACACCUUCAGGAGGAUCAUCCGCCGCCACUUCCUGGGCCUCCACCGCCGGCAGCUGUUUGAGAGUGGCGGCAGCACUCGCACCACCACCCACAACAAGGUCUGUGGCUCAGUGAGGGUUAAGGCCAACUGCCUCAGCUUCGACCUCCACACCGAGCACAACACCUGUAGCUGUGAGAGCCAUGUCACACCUGCAGGGGCCGUUCUGACCUCAGCGCCCAUUCACAACCACCCUCUUUCUGUGAUUAGUUUCCACAAUCACAAUGUGAGCCCCCCUCUGCCACAGCCUCUCAUACAGACCCAGACACAACCCUUAUGUCAUCCCCUGCAGUAUGGGGACCACCAGCAGUCUCCUAAAGGACCGGAGAUGGAAGAGGUAAAGGACAGGCAGGAUCUCUCCCCUGUCCAGGUCAAAUCACUGUUCUAUAAACAUAAAACCUGCUUCACCAAGCUUUCCGGGGUGUCCUGAUGGAUACAGAAUUGGUGCCAGACAUCUACUAAGGAUCCCAUAACACCUGGCCUUCUGUGUGAAAUUACUCAGAUGCUCUUAUUUUUGGGGAGUGAGCUCUGAGUGUAAUGGUAGAUUACUGGGUAGGCAGGCUCACAAGCUGAGGAUCAGAGUUUGGAUGUAUCGCAUGUUAUCUAGAUGGCCUAAUGGAGGCAUUCUAUCAGCAGGGAUUCUAAUAGUGGAGCCGAGCUUCUACACAAAGGCAGCCAUACAAAACAAACUGUAUAUGCACCAUUUCAAUUGGACCUUUCAGCUUCUUGAAGCAAAAAAUUGUUGUAGUUAUUUAUAGCAGAAAUGUGACUUGAAUGGUUCAAUGUGAUUCUGUUUGUGAUGUUUAUUCUCUUGGUCUGCGACGUCAUGUGGUGCUUAGAUCUGAAGCUUCACAAUUGGCUCUUGUUCUUUGCCCUAAAGAAAUAACAUCGACGUGAUUGGAUUACUCUUGUGUAUAUGGGGAUGGCAGGGAUGUUUCAAGCGUGUGAUAAGGGAACCGUACUACUUCAUUGAUUUAGCAUGUUUGUGUCCCAGAUAGAUGGACGUGAUGAGAGUGCAUUUCCUUUAGACGUUCAGGUUUAUGAUCUUGCAAAUGUAUGAAUGCAUCAAAGCUUAAAUCUGCCUCGCUAAGAGUUUUUCAAUGAUAAUGGUUUUAAACUAUUUUGAGGAGGAUCUACUAAUCUACCACUGUGCACUUUCUCUACAUUACACUUCGUUCAACUUGUCUAACUGUCACUUUCUCUACAUUACACUUCUUUCAACUUGUCUAACUGUCACUUUCUCUACAUUACACUUCGUUCAACUUGUCUAACUGUCAGUAGCACGAACCUGUGCAGAUCCUUCAGAUAUCACAGACAAUUAAAUGGUACAAAUAAAUAAUGACAUACACCUUAUAUUUUUCACUAAAAUGACUCUCUCGCAAGUGUUACAUAUCUAUGGCAUUCUGUGCAUUCUCACAUUUCGGAUGCAAUGCAUGCAGCAAUACCUCCUGUCCAAAAAUAAAUAUAUUUUUUAAGUAAA